AUGUCUCAGUCUGCCUGCAUGCUUCCUCGUGAACCCCACAAUAGUCCUCGGCCUUAUUGCACCGGUUUCUCCGGGUUAUUCGUUAUGGGAGUAUCGGCUGAUGAUGGACCCAAGAUGAGGGUAUCCUAUUUGGACCGUGUCACCUGCGAGUCUAAGACCUUCUCCAAAGACCUGUGCUGGAUGCAGCCUGCCAUCAAAGAGGAAAUAGAACAAUAUUAG